CGCUUAGUGAGCAUUAAGAAGCAUGGAGUAGAGGAGUGUCAAUACCCAUUACAUUUUCACAGCCUACUGUAUAUUUACUGCACUUUCCAUUCUCAGAGGUAAAGAACAAGACACCUUUGAUUUGAUCAAUUCUACAUUGUCUCAUCAACAAGUUAUAUCUCAUGGAUUCCCACAGAGGCAGUGUGAAAGACUUUGUCAACUUCAAUGCCAAGCAGGAUGCUGAGCUCCUGCACAAGGCCAUGAAAGGCAUAGGCACUGAUGAGGGCACCAUUCUCAUGCUCCUGACAUCGCGCAGCAACAAUCAACGGCAGGAAAUCAAGGCGGCGUACAAGAAGGCCCACGGAAAGGACCUUGUGAGUGCUUUAAAGUCGGAGCUCGGAGGCUUGUUCGAGACGCUCGUUGUGGCGUUGAUGACGCCUCCCAUUUCCUAUGACGCCUCUCAACUCCACAAAGCACUCAAGGGAGCGGGGACUGAUGACGACGUGCUAAUUGAGAUCCUAGCGUCCAGGACCUGCGCCCAGAUUAAAGACAUCGUCAAAGUCUACAAGAAAGAGUGCGGUGGCAAGCUGGAGAAAGAUAUCACUGGUGACACCUCGGGCCACUUCCAAAAGCUUCUAGUGAUCCUUCUGCAGGGGAGCAGAGACGAAGGGGUGGAUGAAGAUAGGAUUGAGAACGACGCAAAGGAACUGUUUGCUGCUGGCGAGGGGAAGGUUGGCACAGACGUGGAGAAAUUCAUCAACAUCCUGGGAAACAGGAGCCAUGAACACCUUCGCCUAGUGUUUGACGCCUACAAGAAGCUGGCUGGCAGUGAUAUCGAGGACAGCAUUGAGGGUGAGACUACUGGAAACCUGGAGAACUUAAUGCUGGCUGUUGUGAAGUGUGCUAAGAGUGUCCCAGCCUACUUUGCGGAGUCUCUCAAUGGGUCUAUGAGGCGUGCUGGCACUGAUGACCAGACUCUGAUGAGAAUCAUGGUGUCCAGGAGUGAGACAGACAUGCUGGACAUCAGAGCCUGCUUUAAGAAGAUGUAUGGGGCCUCGCUCUACAACACCAUUCAGGACGACACCGCUGGGGACUACGGAAAGGCCCUGCUCUACCUUUGUGGAGGAAAUGACUGAGGCGCUUUUUGAUGAUGUGCAACGAUGUUGCUCUAUGAUGAUGCGUUAUGGAGCGGCAAUGGGCUGCACUUGAUACUCUCUGCCAAUUACAAUUAAUUAACACUUGACUUUAUUGGCUUCAGUUUGACGAUUGGCUUGAGAUACCACUUCACUGUAUUGGCUAUGUGUCUUGAUUGCCCACAUUCAACACAUAUUGAACUCAACAGUGUGUUCCCUGUUUUUUCUUAUAUUGUUCAAAUAAUCAGCCAAUUCUUUGACACUAAGGCUGCGUUUACACAGGCAGCCCAAUUCUGAUCUUUUUAAAGUAAUUGGUAUUUUGCCCAAUCAGAUCAGAUGUUUUGUGAAUAAUUGGGCAAAAGAUCAGAAUUGUGAUGCCUAUGUAAACACAGCCUAAUGGUCAUGUCAACCAAACUAUGCUUUGUUUUGUCGAACAAUUUCAGGGAAUAAUGAGAAUAAUAUUGUUAUAACUUUGAACUUUGAAGUUCUCUUCUUUAUUGUUACUUAAAUCAACAUGCUAUCUUACUCUAUAGUAUGUGUCUAUGGGAGUUAGAUAUACAGAUGUAGGAUCUUAAUUUGAUCAGUCUUUUGUUGCCGAGAAUUUUCCUGCAAGGCAGGAAAUACAAAGUUGUCGUGUAUUCGAGGUUUCAAAAGGUUUCUAAACUUUGUAAUUUCCAUUUUAAAAUGUCAGCCUUGAUUUGUCCUAUCAAAAAAAUAUGUAUCAACCCCAACAUUAAUUAUAAUCCACAUAUGAAUGAACAUUUCUGUUGCUACAGGAUUAUUUUCUUGCUGUAGCAAACUGACUCAAAUUAAGAUCCUACAUCUGUACAACGCUGCUGUUCAAUUAUUAAAAGGAUAAUGUCUACUA